AUGGGCAAUUUUCUGGGAGUCUCGGCCCUUGUUCUAAAAGGCAUAGACGAAGCAGUAGAGGUGGCCGAAGCAAUAGCAUGCCGAGAAGAGUUAUCGCUUCCUAGCGAUCUUGGGUUGCAGUCCAAUGAGAUUUUGGCAAGUGACUAUGCAAACGCUGUGAGAAGUAUCCAAGAACUUGGAGGUACAGAUUACAUUUGUUCUGCCACAAAACGUUGUGGCGGAGGGAGUGAUGAUGAUGCCGCAGCUCUCAGCCCCGUGGCAGCCCCGGCCUCCAAGCGUAGCCUCAUGUCCUCGCUCAUGGACGCCACCGCGCUGCUCCGCUCCCCCUCCUUCAAGGAGGACUCGUACGUCGCCGCCGCGCUCCCGUCGUCUGAGCUCAGUGCGCUCGCCGACCUCAAGGUGCUGCUCGCCACCCACCCAGACCCCAUUUCCAUUUGGGGCGUCCCACUGAACCCCCACUCUCCUCCCGCCGUGGCGGACGACGCUGCCCCCGCCCCGGUCGACGAGCGCGCCGACGUGGUGCUCCUCAAGUUCCUCCGCGCGCGGGACUUCCGCGUCCGCGAUGCGCACGCCAUGCUGCUCCGCUGCGCCGCCUGGCGCGCCGAGUUCGGCGGCAACGCCGUGCUGGACGGGCACCUGGGCUUCAAGAAGAGAAAGUUUUAG